CCAGCUGCAGAAACUGGCUUGUUCAAUUUAAUCAGCUCUGUUUUUCCUGACAUAGGUUCUAUGAUGGUCGGCAGCCUGUGUUGGCAAUCACUGAUCUAGAAGUGAUCAAAACAGUCCUAGUAAAAGAAUGUUAUUCUGUCUUCACAAAUCGGCGGUCCGUUGGUCCGGUGGGAUUUAUGAAAAGUGCCAUCUCUGUAGCUGAGGAUGAAACUUGGAAGAGAAUACGAACAUUGCUGUCUCCAACCUUCACCAGUGGAAAGCUCAAGGAGAUGUUCCCCAUCAUUGGCCAGUAUGCAGAUGUGUUGGUCAGCAACCUGAGGAAGGAAGCGGAGAAAGGCAAGCCCAUCACCUUGAAAGACGUGUUUGGGGCCUACAGCAUGGAUGUGAUUACUGGCACAUCAUUUGGAGUGAACAUCGAUUCCCUGAACAACCCACAAGAUCCCUUUGUGGAAAAUAUCAAGAAGCUCUUAAAAUUUAGUUUCUUCGAUCCAUACAUUCUCUGCAUAACACUCUUUCCAUUCCUUGGCCCAGUUUUUGAAGCAUUUAAUAUUACUCUGUUUCCAAGAAGUGUGACUGAUUUUUUCAAAAAAUCUGUAAAAAGAAUGAAAGAAAAUCGCCUCCAAGAUAAACAAAAGCACCGAGUGGAUUUUCUUCAGCUGAUGAUUAACUCUCAGAAUUCCAAAGAAACAGACUCCCAUAAAGCUAUGACCGAUCUGGAGCUUGUUGCCCAAUCUAUUAUCUUUAUUUUUGCUGGCUAUGAAACCACUAGCACUUCCCUUUCCUUCUUUAUGUAUCUUAUGGCCAUUCACCCUGAUGUGCAGCAGAAACUGCAAGAGGAGAUUGAGGUAACAUUUCCCAAUAAGGCAACUCCCACGUAUGAUGCCCUGGCACAGAUGGAGUAUCUUGACAUGGUGAUGAAUGAAAACCUCAGAUUAUACCCAAUUGCUGGUAGACUUGAGCGGGUCUGUAAGAAGGAUGUGGAAAUCAAUGGGGUGUUCAUUCCCAAAGGGACAGUGGUGAUGGUGCCAAGUUUUAUUCUUCACCGAGACUCUACGUACUGGCCAGACCCUGAGGAGUUCCGUCCUGAAAGGUUCAGUAAGAAGAACCAGGACAGUAUAAAUCCUUACACAUACAUGCCCUUUGGAAGUGGACCCAGAAACUGCAUCGGAAUGAGGUUUGCUAUCAUGAACAUGAAACUUGCUAUCGUCAGAGUUCUGCAGAACUUCUCCUUCAAACCUUGCAAAGAAACACAGUGUUUAAUGAAAUGGUUCUCAUAUGCUGUUAACAUUUGCAGAUCCCUCUGAAAAUAGAGUCUCAAGGACUUACUCAGCCACAAAAACCCAUUGUUCUAAUGGCGGAGUUGAGAGAUGGGACUAUAAAUGGAGCCUGACAUUCCUUAAGGACUUACACAUUGUUCUUCAAUGAAGUUGUAUUCCUUGACCCCAGAGAUCUCUAUGUACUUUGUGAAUAAAACCCAAAAAUGAAGAUGAA